CGCAUUCUCCUUAGCAACUGCGGGUCCGCGACGGCGCCGGCCUCCGGGGAGCGACGCUCUUGACAACUGAGCUGCUCAAGGAGGGAAGAAUUCUGAGCUGAAUAGUAGUGGGUUCCUGGAUCUGGAAAGAAGAGGCCACCUUGGAACCAGUAAUGAACCAUCCUGACUACAAGCUGAACCUUCGGCCCCCUGGGACCCCCAGAGGUGUGUCCUCUGUGGUUGGCCCGCAUGCUGCUGGUGCUUCGCCAGGUGACAAAAAGUCAAAGAACAAGUCCAUGCGAGGGAAGAAAAAGAGCAUAUUCGAGCCCUACAUGUCCAAGGAGGAUGUUUCAGAAGGCUUGAAGAGGGGAACACUUAUCCAGGGUGUAUUGAGAAUCAAUCCAAAGAAGUUUCAUGAAGCCUUCAUUCCUUCUCCGGAUGGUGAUCGGGACAUUUUUAUUGAUGGAGUUGUUGCUCGUAAUAGAGCCUUAAAUGGGGACCUUGUUGUUGUAAAACUGCUUCCUGAAGACCAGUGGAAGCCAAGGGUAACCUUGUCUCUGCCUGGAGUGCUGGGAUUACAGGCAAUUAAAUCAGAGAGCAAUGACAAAGAAACAGAAGUUACUUAUGAAGCUGAUAUCUCUGAGGAGUGCUGUGGACACCAGCAGCAGUCCCCCAAAAACUGUAAUAGUCCUGAUGUCAUUAUCGAGGCUCAGUUUGAUGGCAGCGACUCAGAAGAUAGACAUGGCCACACUGGUGUGCUGGUUGAUGGAGUUAAGAAAUUGACACUUCGUACUCCUGACAAAGGAAGAGAAGAUUCCAGUGCUCCAGUUACAAAAGAUGAGAACACCCCCAUGUCACAGGACACAAGAACCGUACCUGAGAAGUCACUGCAGAAAUCAGCAAAGGUGGUUUACAUCUUGGAGAAAAAGCAUUCCCGCGCAGCAACCGGCAUCCUCAAACCUUUGGCUGAUAAGAACAGUGACCUGUUUAAGAAAUACGCCCUGUUUUCCCCUUCAGACCACCGAGUGCCUAGAAUUUAUGUACCUCUCAAGGACUGUCCCCAGGACUUCAUGACCCGGCCUAGAGAUUAUGCCAGCACACUAUUCAUCUGCCGCAUCAUAGACUGGAAGGAGGACUGUAACUUUGCCCUGGGGCAACUGGCUAAGAGUCUUGGGCAGGCUGGUGAAAUCGAGCCUGAAACAGAAGGGAUCCUGACAGAAUAUGGUGUGGACUUCUCUGAUUUUUCUUCAGAAGUUCUUGAAUGUCUCCCUCAGAGCCUACCCUGGACAAUUCCACCUGAUGAGUUAUCCAAGAGAAAAGACCUAAGGAAAGACUGUAUAUUCACCAUUGAUCCUUCAACUGCUCGAGACCUCGAUGAUGCCCUCUCCUGCAGGCCUCUCACUGAUGGCACCUUUGAAGUGGGUGUCCACAUCGCCGACGUGAGUCACUUCAUUCCUGAGGGAUCCUCUCUGGAUAAGGUGGCCGCUGAGAGAGCCACAAGUGUCUACUUGGUUCAGAAGGUAGUUCCGAUGCUUCCCAGGCUUCUAUGUGAAGAACUGUGCAGCCUCAACCCCAUGACUGACAAGCUGACCUUCUCUGUGAUCUGGAAGCUAACCCCUGAAGGCAAGAUCCUUGAGGAGUGGUUUGGCCGCACUGUCAUCCGUUCCUGCACCAAACUGAGCUACGACCAUGCCCAGAGCAUGAUUGAAAAUCCGACUGAGAAGAUCCCUGAGGAAGAACUGCCUCCCAUUUCUCCAGAGCAUAGUCCUGAGGAGGUACACCAGGCAGUCCUGAACCUGCACAGCAUUGCCAAGCAACUUCGCCAGAAGCGCUUUGUGGAUGGUGCACUCCGUUUAGAUCAGUUGAAGCUUGCUUUUACUCUGGACCAUGAGACUGGAAUGCCUCAAGGAUGUCAUAUCUAUGAGUACCGAGACAGCAACAAGCUUGUAGAGGAAUUCAUGCUCCUGGCCAAUAUGGCAGUGGCCCACAAGAUCUUCAGCACCUUCCCGGAGCAGGCCCUGCUGCGCCGGCACCCACCACCACAGACAAAGAUGCUCAGUGACCUGGUGGAGUUCUGUGACCAGAUGGGUCUGUCCAUGGAUGUCAGCUCUGCAGGGGCCCUCAAUAAAAGCCUGACCAAAACAUUUGGAGACGACAAGUACUCUCUGGCCCGGAAAGAGGUGCUCACCAACAUGUACUCCCGGCCCAUGCAGAUGGCACUGUACUUCUGCUCUGGGAUGCUGCAGGACCAGGCACAGUUCCGGCACUAUGCUCUCAACGUUCCCCUCUACACACACUUCACCUCUCCCAUCCGCCGCUUCGCUGACGUCAUAGUGCACCGCCUCCUGGCUGCUGCUCUGGGCUACAGUGAGCAGCCAGAUGUGGAACCUGAUACUUUACAAAAGCAAGCCGACCACUGCAAUGACCGCCGCAUGGCUUCCAAGCGUGUACAGGAACUCAGUAUCGGCCUCUUCUUUGCUGUUCUAGUAAAGGAGAGUGGUCCCCUAGAGUCUGAAGCCAUGGUGAUGGGUGUCCUGAACCAAGCCUUCGAUGUGCUGGUGCUGCGCUUUGGGGUGCAGAAGCGCAUCUACUGCAACGCACUGGCCCUUCGAUCCUACCACUUUCAGAAGGUGGGGAAGAAGCCAGAGCUCACACUCCUCUGGGAACCUGAUGAUCUUGAAGAGGAGCCAAUACAGCAGGUCCUUACCUACCCUGUCCUCUCCCUGUGCCUGGCUCUGCUACAGGUCAUCACCAUCUUCAGCCUGGUGGAUGUGGUCCUGCAGGCAGAGGCCACAGCCCUCAAGUACAGUGCUAUCCUGAAGCGACCGGGCCCUGAGCGUUCCCUGGGCCUGGAGAAGGAGUCUGAGGAGCCUGAGGACUGAAUGCUAGCCCAAGCCAGGCCUGUGCCUGCCCUACCCUGCUGGCUUUUAGGAAUGGGACCUUUUGACACCAAAGGGGAUUUUUAAUUUGGUUUUUUAACAACUCAGGGGUUUGUUUUUAUUUCUUAUUUUUUAAUUUUAUUUUACUUUUGCAACUCAGUUUUUAAAUGAACUGGAAGGGAUACAGUGUGGUUGGGGGUCAGGGGAGGGAAUGCUGAGGCCUGGCCAGUGCUUCCCUGAGCAGAGAGGGUCCCAGUCUUCCUGGGCAGGCAGCCUUGCUUCGGCCAGGCCACCCACUGCCCUUCCCUGCCCAGGAAAUGGGGGGUUUCAGCAAAUCAGUGUCAUGGAAUAAAAUCAAGUGUGAAGUGC